CAUGCUCUUCCAGACCAGCGAGCAUAUUUCCAGCAGCCCAGCGGUGGGAGACAUCAUUCCCUACAGUACCAUCAUCCAGUUCUUAUUUACGAGGGCGCCUCCCGAAUUGAAGUCCCCAUUCCAGAGAGCAGACUGGACCGUUGCCCGUUACUCGCGCUGGCUAGAUGACCAUCCGGCAGAGAAAGAGCGACUCAUUUUAAUACGGGGGGCCCUGGAAGCCUACGUCCAAUCCGUAAGAAGCAGAGAAGGCAAAGAAUUUGCCCCGGUCUAUCCCGUAAUGGUGCAGCUGCUGCAGAAAGCACUCAACGCUCUCCCGUAAAUGGCUUCCUGCAAAACACGCUGGCAGCCCGUGAUCAGCAAAUACGGUAUAACGCCUGACUUCGUACCAGGAGCAUCUCUUUUCAGACUUGUUGACCCACGCACAGUUGACAGCCUGUUUGACUUUCGUACUCAAAUGCAUUCUGCAAUUCUGCAUCUCUCAGCUUUUUCUAAAUGGUAUUUUUUUUUUAUAUUUUCUGGUUUUAAUUCAAAAACCAAACAUUUCUGUUCCAAAAGGCUUUUUUUCCCCCCCCCUGCACUGGCAAAAAACAGGCUAAUCCUAAAUUGACAAGGAAAAAAAAUACUCUUGGAUUUAAGGUUUUCUUUUCAGCCACCCGUUCUGGAGUUUGAUAAUAUAUACAAGUUGGCUGAUAAAAAUAUUUCAGAUUACUUCAGCGUUAACGUGUACGAUGUUAUAACUGGAAAUGGAAUUAAAAUAUUUCUACCUGUCCUUUUUUUUUUCAAGCACUCCCUUCAGUUGAGCGAUCGGUAACAU